AUGCGGUUAACACUAAUUUGCGCAAGUAGAUAUUUUAGACGCUACAUCGAAAGAGAAUUAACUCAUUCACACUUGAGAAGAACUUGGAAUCCGAUAAAUGGAUGGAAGGAUGUAGUAAAGAAAAAUUGGGAUUACAACGAACACAGGCCCUGGACUUCUGAAUUUAAGCAGUUCAACCAACAAAAGCCAAGAAAGUACGUACCAGUUGAACCAAUCAAAGAGUGGUCCAUUUUUAAAGGUGAUAGGGUUCAAAUUUUGGUUGGCCCAGAUAAAGGUAAACAUGGUUUAAUCAAUUGUAUUAUCAAAGAAAGAAAUUGGGUGUUUGUGGAAGGAUUGAACUGUAGUUACACAAUGAGACAACAAUCCCCCACUUCAAUGCCUGUCUGCAUCAAAGAUGAACUACCAUUGCUGGUCACAAAACAAGUUGCUCUGGUUGAUCCAUCUGACAAUUUGCCUACAAAAAUUGAAUGGCGCUACACAGAGGAUGGUAAAAGAGUGAGGGUGUCAACGAGAACAGGAAGGAUCAUUCCCUUGCCUAGUGGAUUUCAUGAACUUGAAGAUCUGGCCAAUCCUCUUCUCUAUUCAUCAUCUGAUAAAGAUACCUUGAACAAUGAAGUCAAAAAGGUAACAUUCGUACCAAAGUUGUGCACAUUUGAAGAGGACAUAAGCAAUGAAAUGGGAAUAAAGGAUGAUAGGAAGCCGGCAAAGACAUACUGGUACUGA